GCUUGCGUCGCGACGGACAGGUUGAUCAACUUCCGAAGAUGGGGUUCACUAGGAACUACCUCGUAAGUCUAUUCCUCUACAUCUCCAUCGUCAACGAGAUUCGUCAACCUGCGGUGACGUGUCAAGAUGAAGAAGGCAUGCAAUGCAUACCAAAGAAGACCUUCAUGGCGAUGUUACGCAUACCGGAGGUCAGGUCGAAUCUGGCAGCUUACUUGAGAACGGCAUUGAUGGUUCAGGAGGUGAAGAAUCACGACGACAUGGUUCAUUUGAAGGCUCUUAGUUCGGAAGAAAACGAAGACUUCGAGAUCUGUAUACCCGGUGGUACUUACUUGGAACUCUUUAGAAAUCCGGUAUUGCGAAGUCAUCUCAGUGCCAUGGAGCGUUCUUACAAAUUUCCCGGACGUUUUCUGAGCGAGGAGGUCGAUUCCAGGGACCUGAUUCCCGAAUCAGAAAAACGCAGUCUUGCUACUUUGGCUAAAAACGGGGACCUGCCGAUUACUAUACAAGAGCGCGAAAGUGACAACGAUGACGAAGAAAAGAGAAGCGCAUCUUCUAGCGAUAACGUGGGCAGCCUGCAUGAAUUGUUCGACGAGGUAUCGUAUCGUCGACGAACGCCCGAGAUCUAUGACUACCUGACCGAGCAGGACCCGGAAGUGCUCGAGUACUCCCCGGACAAACGUAACGUCGGCUCUCUGGCACGGGACUUUGCGUUGCCCACGGGCAGACGUCAUAUCGCCUCGGUGGCUCGCGAUCAUGGUCUACCGAGCGGCAAGAGAAACGUCGGUUCCUUGGCCAGACAGAGCAUGCUGCCGCUGAGCGGCAAGAGGAACGUCGCCUCGUUGGCGAGAUAUUACAUGCUGCCGCAAAGCGGCAAGAGGAACGUGGCCGCACUGGCCAGGGAUUCUUCCCUGCCUUAUGGCAAACGAUACCUGGGCUCGUUGGCGCGAAGCGGUAGCUACCCGACCCGCGAUUACGACGAGGGCAAGCGCAGCAUCGCCUCCUUGGCGAGAAGCGGCGACUGGCCGAGUGUCGCGAAACGAGGUCGCAUGACAUCCGGAAGGAUAAUGGCGCGAGUGCUCAAUCGGCGUUACGGGAGAUCCUUGAGCGACGAUCGCGAGGCGCCCAGCGAGCCCUUGGACCUUCAGCAACUCAUCAGGCAAGGAAAUAGCGAGGGCAAAGAGAACGAAUGGCAGGCCACUCCCUUCACCGUCUCGGAGGAUCUAGAUGAGGGCAAGGCGAAGAAUAGAUCGAACAGGAGAAUCGAAGCGUCGCAGACGAGGCACAAGAGACAGAUAGACUUCUCCGAUGAAUAUCCGUUGCCUGUCAUGCAAAACAAUAUGCUCGAUUAUGAAGAUAUGAUGGAAGCGAUCGCCGAUCACUAUCCGAACGCGGAGAAGAGGUUCAUGGGUUCCGAGUCGGAGAUGCCGGCCGAUUCGGGCUAUCCUGAGGUAUUGCAACCGAGUAAGAGACAUAUCGGGUCCCUCGCACGCCUCGGCUGGCUUCCAUCGUUCCGUGCACCACGAUUCUCUCGAUCGCCGCGAUAUCUGGUCGACAGGGAGAAUCCCGCAGAUGGGUCCUCGUCCAACUACACCCCCGACGCGUCGACUCGGUCGUUAAGACCGAUAUUCACCCCGAAAACUCGCUACUUGCAGUCCCUGCACGGAGAUUGUCGACACGGCUUCAAGAGGUUUUUGCUGUUACCGGAUAUGGAUAACUUCCUACGGACGUCGAACUCCCACAUCGCGCCUCGCUCCAUGUAAAGUCCUUGUGUUUUCGCUGCUCAUUCAAAGCAGUGUGAAUAUUAAAUCAGACUCACUCGUAUAACUAGCGCGAAUUAUACAAUGAAGACGAGGGGAAAGCAGCACGCAAGACUAAACAAAUGACAAUAUUAUAUUCCAGAGUCUGACGUUCUUCCUUACUAACCAUUGAUCAUCCCUUGUCAACAGUAGAUACGCGAAUAUUUCUAUCACUAUUAGACGAUAAUCUGUCGUCAGAUGUUACACGUUUAAUAAUAUAUUGCCGGAAAAUCUUUUAUCGAGAAAAUUAAUUAAAUUUAAAAUUAAAAAACAAGUUGUAUAAUAGAAGUAAGGAAGCCCGUUGUGCAAUUGAGCGACAAUCUAAAAAUUCGGGAAAAAUUAUUUUGUCGCGCAAUCCAUCGAUUGACAAUAAGCUUACUGUUCGCCGACAAUAAUCUUACGUAAUCCUAAUAUAACGCCUUAAAUGUGCCGUCUGUAUCGAACAGAUUUAAACUUAUGCAGAAAGCGUAUUGCGUAUUAAAAAGAAUUUCAAUUUACAGAUGGAUUAUCCUCGUUCAACUAUCUUUCUUCAUAGUAAAUUUUGGAUCCAUGUUAUAUUUAAGAAACUUUGUGGCUACUACAAAAUUUCUGCAAACAUACACACGUGUUAUUCUUAAUAUUUAUAUCUUCAUAUUUCUCUCAAUGUCAAUAUGUAACAAAUUGCUGUGACUUUUGCAGUCUACAUCUUUUUAAGCAAGAUGAGAAGUAUCUUUGUGAUCAAUCUACAAUAAUAAUUUGACGAUAAUUUAUUCCCAUUAAUAUUUAACUCGAGGACCGACAAGUUACUUUCGAAUGAUUCAACGAGGAAUAUUUUGUUCUUGCGACUUCUCGCAAUAAUACGAAGGAAGGAUAAAAGAUUACACAAUUUGGCCGUUACUAUUUAGCUCGAUAAUAAAUCAUCGUAAGAUCGAAAUAUUUUAUUGCGCCUCCGGUUUCCCAUUUAAACGAGCACAGCCGCGAGAAAUUGUAUGUCACUUUGAUGAUUAUUACUUAGCCCAGACUUACCGAUAAAUCAUCGCGAGAUCGAAAUAUUUUAUGCGCCGACGUUCCUCUGGCGACCGUGGCAAGCCGUAGGAUCAUAAAAAGAGGAUUAAGAUUCGCAUACGUCAAUGCGAUGAUUAUUAUCAGGCAUGAAACCAUAAAUCGAACGAAAUAUGUCGGAAAUGGUUGUUUGAAAAUAGAAUAAUACACAUUCGCAAUGAAAUGAUUCGAUUAUGAUCACAUUAGCUAAUCGAACGAAUUGUCUUUAUUUUUCAGAUAUUUCUCAUCCUGUUACGAUUUAAUAUUUAAUAUUUCUAUGACCCAUGAUGUGAGAUUUUAGGUACUUGUGGUAUAAGAAAUUAGAAAAGCAACGAAUAUGUUUUUUUUAAGCUUAUUAUUUGCUUAAAUAAUUGUAGUUUAUUGAAAAAAAUGCUAAGAAGCGCAAUGAUUUACAAGAAAAAUUUUUAAUUCUUGAUUAGAAAAAUAAAAUGGCUCUUAAAAUUCUCUUCCCAUAUAAUUUUCGAGCUUACCUGGAAAAAAAACUUUCUCCUUCUCUUAUAGGAAAUGUAAAAUGUAGUAAUUGUAGAUUUUUUUCUAUCUUUUAUGUUUUAAGAAACAUUUCUCAGAAUAUUUCCAACAUUUUUAAAAAGAAUGCAAUUUAAUUAUGAAGCGAUAGCUUUCUCAAAAUAUUACUGUUAUCCAUAUCUUUUUAUAAUAAUGAAUCAAAAACGAGGUGACAUACAUUGCGGUCGCAAAACCGUUUAAGAUUUAAAGAUUAAAGAGAAUAUGUAUACAAAAGAAAGAUGAAAGGCAUUUUUCAUGUAACAAAUUUAAGUAUAGAGCAUUGUUCUGUGGAACCCCCUUCCGCCUUUCUCCCCUCGUCAACGUAUGUAAUUUUUUUCGUUUCUCUUCGAAAUUCUAUGGCUACAGUCAAAAGCUCGAUCGUUCGCACACACGUGGGUAAGAUUAACGAAGCCAGGAAAUAAUCUCCGUGAGCGUAGUAACAUGUACGAUGUAAAUGCUAAAUUAGUGCUCAGAGCUUUAAUCUAAGCCCGAUAGUGAUAAUGCGAAUUCGGUUUCAUCUUAAUCUUCUCAUUGUAUCUCGUUUGAAUAUCGUUAGAGACGUCGUUGUGUAACAUGUAUGUGGUAUUACAGUCGAAAUACGCUCGAUGUCGCGGUAUCAUCGAUCUAUCAUUGCUGUGGAUGACAUAUAAGUCUAUUGACUCUCUUUAACUUUACAGUUUAAAAUACUAUGUGUUUGUCUAGACAAUAAUGGA